AUGCAUAUUACUAUGUUUAAAUUUUUAUACAAUAUAGAUUUAGCAAAAAUUAAAUUUUUUAACCAACUAAAUAAUGAAUUAAUAAAUCAAAACAAAAAAAAUGAUUCAUUUUUUCUAGAAGAAAAACAAAAUAUGAAUUACGAUUUAGUGUCUGAUAGAGAUAUAAUAUUUGAGAAAAAUGAAUUAAAAAAAGAUGAAAAUAAUAAAAUAAAAAAUGAAAAAUAUGAUAAUAUAUAUGAUAAUGAAAAGUGUGAAGAUAUUUAUGAAAAUAAUAAAAUAAAAAAUGAAAAAUAUGAUAAUAUAAAUGAUAAUGAAAAAUGUGAAAAUAUUUAUGAAAAUAAUAAAAUAAAAAAUGAAAAAUAUGAUAAUAUAUAUGAUAAUGAAAAAUGUGAAGAUAUUUAUGAAAAUAAUAAAAUAAAAAAUGAAAAAUAUGAUAAUAAAUAUGACUUUAAAAAAAAUUACAAUUCUGAAUUAUAUUCAUUAAAUUAUACCAAAAAUAAUGAAAAUGUUUUAAUUAAAAAUAAUGAGACAAGUAUUUCAUUAAUAAAUGAACAUAAUAUAAAUAUAAAAGGAAAUUAUAAAUCCAUCAACCUUAAAGAUAAAAAAGAAGAAGACAAUAUAUCAAAUAAUAAUAAUAAUAAUAAUAAUAAUAAUAUUAUUUAUAAAAAUGAUAAAUGUGAAAUGAUGAAUAAUAUUCUGAAAAACGAAAAAGAAAAAAAAAAUGAUGAAGUCAUUUUUUCUAAUGAAGAAUUAAAAGAAAAAAAUAAGGAUCAUUUAAUUCCUUUUUGUUCACAACAGAAAUAUAAAAAAGAGAAAAAAAAAGAAAAUAUAAAUCAGGAAAAUGAAAAUAAUGAAAAGGAAAAAAUAGAAGAAAUAAAUAAAAAUAUAAACAAUGAAUUUAAUUAUAAUAAAAAAAAAAACAACCUUAGUAAAGAAUAUGAGUAUUCUAUUGAUAGUACUUAUGUCGAUAAUAAUGAAAAUGAAAAUGAAAAUAAUAAGAAUAAUCAAGUUAGCUUAAUUCUAAAUGAAAAAAAUAAAAAUUUAAUUGAUCAUACAAACAAUGAUUUUGGUAAUUUAACAAAUAAAAUAAUAAUAACAAAAGAAAAAAAGAACACUGAAAAAAAUAAUAUUUUAAAUGAUAAUAAUCAAAAAUUAUAUAAAUUAUAUAAUGAUGAUUCAAAAAAUGACAAUGAAAAAGAGGAAAGAAAGAAAAAAGAGAUAUCAGUAGAAACUGAUUUUUUUUUAAAAAAAAAUUAUGUAAAUGAAUUUGAAGAAAAUGUAAUUAAAAAUAUAAGUUAUAAUUUAAUUAAUGAAGAAUAUAACAACAUAUUAGAAAAUAUAAUAACAUUAAAAAAACAGUACGAUAAUAGCAAUUAUAGUAAUGUUAAUUCUCUUAAAAUAUAUAUUCAGAAAUUACUUAAAUUAUUUAUUGGUGAUAUAAAUGAUUUAUUUAAUAACAUAAUAUAUUGUAAUAAUGAUUUAAAAAAUGUAAAAUAUAUUAAUGAUCUUAAAGAAAAAUAUUUAGAAGAAAUAAAUGAUUUAAAAAAAAAAGAAAAAAUGUUAAGAGAUGCAAAUGAAAGACAAACCAAUCAAUUACUACAAUUAUCAGGUCAAAUUUCUCAUUUCAGAAAUGAUUCAGAAAAUUAUGAUAACAAUUACUUAAAUGAAAAAUUAGAGAACCUAGAAUUAGAAAUAAAAAAAUUAAAAGAUGAAAAACAAAAAUUACAUAAUUUUUUAGAAGAUAAGAUGAUAUAUAUGAAAAAAAACUAUGAGUUAAAAUGUUAUAUAAAAAGUUUAGAGUCUGUAAUUAAUAAAAAAUCUUUAUUAUGUAUAUCAUUAAAAAGUGAAAAAAAACUUCUUACAGAUAAAUUAAAAAAGUAUUAUGAAUAUUUACAACUAACAAAAGAAGAUGUAAUUAUUUAUAAAAAAAUCUUUUAUGAUAUUAAAAAAGGUGAGAAAAAAAUAAAAGAAGAGCUUAAAAUGCUACUGAGAAAUUAUAAUAACAAACUCAAUUUAAAAAAUAACAAAGAGAAAAAAAAAAUAAGAAAGCUUUUUAAACAUAAAAAGGUUAAACUAAAAUACAUACGACUAUUAAACAAGAAAGAUGAAAAGGCUACAUUAAAUAAUGACAAAACAUUUUCAAAAUAUACUAAUAAAAAUAUCUCUAAUAGUGAUAAUAAUAAGAAAUUACUUAGUGAUAGUAAAGGUGAAAUUUUAUUAAAGGAUGACAUAAAUUUAAUAGAAAAUCAUAAAAAGUUAAACAGUGAAAGUAAUUUAAUUAAUUAUGAUAAAUUUAUAAUUACGAAUAAUGACUCACCAUUAUUAGAUAAAAAAAAUAAAAAAAGUGAAAUUUUAACAAAUGAUGAAGAAAAUAAUAUAACAUUUAAAAAAGAGAAUCUUAUAAAUUACGAUAAUAAUGAGAAAUUGGAAAAUAAAAUAAAUUAUUAUAAACUUCUUUUAGAUGAAUAUGAAUCUUUUUCUAUAAAAAGAAAAAAUAGUACCGAUAUUAAACUGAAGGAAAUGAAAAAAUUAUUAUUACAAGAAAUACAAGAAAAUGAAAUGAUGCAAAAAAAAUAUCAAUGUUUAUUAGAUAAAUUUCAAGAUACUAAAAAAGUUGAUAACCUCUUAAAUAAUGAAAUUAAUGAAUCAUAUGAAAACAUAAAAAUAAAAGAACUUUUAAGCGAAAUUAAUGUAUUAACAGAAGAAAUAGGAAGACUUAGAGAGGAUCAAUUAUUACUACAAGAAGAUGUGAAUAAUAAAAGUAAAAUAAUUUCUCAUCUCAUAAAAAAGCAUGCAUUAAAUGAAGAACAUUUUAGAUUAGAUAAAAGUUUCAGUAUUUUUAAUAACAAAUUAAAAUAUGAAGAAAUGAAGAAAAUAAUGGAAGAAACGUUAAUUGAAAAUAUUAGACUUCGAACAGAUUUAAUGACAUUAGCUAAAAGUGUUAAAGAAAAAAAAUGA